CGGGUCGGCGCCAUUUUGGGACCGAGACUGGCGGUGGGGGAGGGAAAAGCGGCAAAAGGGGAUUAUUCAAAGUACCGAAAACCUCCUCCCGGGAUCGAGCGCGGCGGCACCCCAGGCCCGGAGCCCCUCUGGUGCGGCCGAAGGUGAUCGAAUUACUCAGAUAUGAAGAUUUUCUUCUAGGUUUUGUGUGAAAGGCCUCGGAUAUUUCAAGUGGCCAUUUUGGAAUUACAAUGUUUUUGGAUAAUUUUGCCCCAGAAGUUUAAGAUCGGCAGGAAUCGUCUCGGAAGUGUUCUGAUAGUAGUGAAUGUUUCUACAAGCCGCUUAAAAAGAGUGACGGACACCGCUUCACUAUUUCGGUUCAGACGGAUUCUAUAACAUACUCAAGUAUUGCAGCUGGUGGUAUUUUUGCCUCCCCCACCCUCUCUGUUGGUGUUCUUCAGCCAGAACUGUAAGAUAUGUUUGAUUUGUGUACUGAAUAGUUCCGACAGUUUCAAAUUACUGUUUAAAUAUUUCUGACGUCCCAUGGCAGUUUAUUUUUACUUUUAUUAAAAAUUUUAGGAAUUGUUUACCUCAACCCUUUUCAGAUCACAAUGGGACAGAUUUUCUAAAUGAAGACAUUGAAAAACACAAUCUUUCUCCUUCUAUCUUUUAUUUAAGUGGGAUUUAAGAUGUUGCCAUUUCCCAGCAGCAUGGUAGUAUUGAGAUAGCUAUGUGUCUGUAGAUGCUGAAUGUUUAGGAAUGCCCUUCAGAUGUGAAGUUUCUUUUUGUUUUUGCUUUUGGGCUCAUAACUUGGAUAUUUCAUCUGGAGUGGAUAAGUACAACUGUGACAAAUACAUGGAAUAAUUCAAGAAGACUAUAGAAUCUUAAAUCCAAGGAACUUGGCUUAUUCUGAAGAUAGCCAUAUGAAAACUUUAAAACAGAAGUAUGGGUAGCUGACUUGAAGUAGUAACUCUAUGUCAAAUAGUCGUAGAUUAAGUAUCUUUAAAGAACUUGGAUAUUAUUUCAGAGGAUACAAAAUAAAAAAACAAACUGGAAAACAUAAAGAUUACAGAGAAAAACGCAACACCUUCCUGUGCAGUCCUAUUGGAAUUUGGACUUGCCAUGAGGUGUUGAAGCCUAUUUCAUUGAGUCGGAGAGACUGGACCUAAAUGGCGCAGCAUGACUUUGCACCAGCCUGGCUUAAUUUUCCUACUCCGCCAUCGUCAACAAAGUCGUCAUUGAAUUUUGAGAAGCAUUCUGAAAAUUUUUCAUGGACAGAAAAUCGGUAUGAUGUGAAUCGUCGACGACACAACUCUUCAGAUGGCUUUGAUUCUGGUAUUGGACGACCUAAUGGAGGUAAUUUUGGAAGGAAAGAAAAAAAUGGAUGGCGUACACAUGGAAGAAAUGGUACAGAAAACAUAAAUCAUCGAGGGGGGUACCAUGGUGGAAGUUCCCGUUCUCGUAGCAGUAUUUUUCAUCCUGGAAAAAGCCAAGGACUACACGAAAACAGCAUACCUGACAAUGAAACAGGGAGGAAAGAUGAUAGGAGAGAACGUAAACAGUUUGAGGCUGAAGAUUUUCCAUCUUUAAAUCCUGAGUAUGAGAGAGAACCAAAUCAGAAUAAAUCUUUAGCUGCAGGUGUAUGGGGCCUACACGCCCAGACACACACAUACCAAACCAAAAAAAUCUCCCAAGCUCCUCUCUUAGAAUAUCCUCCGAAUCCUAAAUCUAGAACCCCAAGGAUGCUGGUUAUUAAGAAAGGUAAUGCAAAAGACUUACAGCUCUCUGGAUUCCCAAUUCAGUCACAGCCAGCUAAGAAUGGGACUGGCCCAAGUGUUUAUAAAGGCUUAGUCCCUAAACCUGCUGCUCCACCUACAAAACCUACACAAUGGAAAAGCCAAACUAAAGAAAAUAAAGUUGGGAGUUCUUUCUCUCAUGAGUCUACUUACAGUGUUGGUAACUUUAAUGCUUUUAAACCAACUGCCAAGAAUUAUAGUCCAUCAACAACUUCAGUAAAAGAGCAGCCUCGGCUAACCAAACUGACCCGUAUGCGUACUGAUAAGAAGAGUGAAUUUUUGAAAGCAUUAAAGAGGGACAGAGUAGAAGAGGAACAUGAAGAUGAAAGCCAUGCUGGUUCAGAGAAGGAUGACGACUCGUUUAAUUUGCAUAACAGCAAUAGUACUCGCCAAGAAAGGGACAUAAACCGAAAUUUUGAUGAAAGUGAAGUUCCUCAAGAGAAUGGCAAUGCCUCAGUGAUAUCUCAACAGAUCAUUCGUUCUUCUACCUUCCCACAAACGGAUGUUCUUUCAAGUUCACUUGAAGCAGAACACAGAUUGUUAAAGGAGAUGGGCUGGCAAGAAGACAGUGAAAAUGAUGAAACUUGUGCUCCUUUAACUGAAGAUGAAAUGAGAGAAUUCCAAGUUAUUAGUGAACAGUUACAGAAGAAUGGCCUGCGGAAAAAUGGUAUUUUGAAAAAUGGUCUGAUCUGUGACUUCAAGUUUGGACCCUGGAAAAACAGCACUUUCAAACCCACUAUUGAGAAUGAUGACACAGAAACAAGUAGCAGUGACACAUCAGAUGAUGAUGAUGUGUGAAGGAUUUCCUAACAGCUUUAGAAAUUUUAGUGUGAUACAUCUCAUACAAUUUGGGGUGAAUUGUAAAAAUGAAGAACUAUAAUUUAUGUAGUAAAAAACCCCAUUAGAAGAUGAUUUUUUGGGGGACUUCAAUAUGAAGAAAACCCAAGAAUGUUGUGUUGGGCUGUGUUGAACUUUAUUUCUUUGUAAAUGAAUGUUGUAGAAAUGAGGACUUUGGUUGAUCCAACAUUGACCUUCUUCAUCACUGCAGCAUUUCUCUGACUAGCAAUGUGACGAUGUAACAAAUGAGAUUUUUCUCAUUUAAUAAUAAAAAAUUGUGUAAUGUUUUGCAAAGCUUCUGUCUUAAAAUGUCCAGGUCUUAAGGAAAAAAAGGCAGCUUACACUGUUUUGCUUGCAGAGUCAUACCUUUUUCUUACAAUGGAACUCCUCAAGUCUACUUUGUGCGCUCCCAAUUCCCUCCCCUCCCCCCAAAGGACAAUGUAGCAUGUUGGCUAAAUCUGGAGCAAAGUGCACUAAAAUUAAUUUCAUGAAUUCAACUGUUGUAUUAGUCACCUUUCCAAACAUAAUUGCUCUUUAGCCAUUUGUAGUUCAGUAAAUGUUACAGGAAAGACUUGGCCACACUUACAAAUUUUAAGAGGUGAUUUCUAAGAGCUUUAUUUGGGUAUGUUGUCAGACCAGGAUUUUCUGGGCUGGUGGAAAAGAAUCUUGUGGGAAAACUUAUUUUGAUAAAUUAUUACACAUGCAGAAAAACUGAUCACAUUGACUGGAUCUGUCCACAACAUGGAAAAUAAACUGGAUUUUCAGAAAAAAAAAAAAAAAAGAA